AUGGUGUUCCUAAAGAUUCUGGUGGUGAUCUCAGCAGCUGUUCCUGUCCUCUCAGCGCCGCAGUUCCCGUCUCUCGAGGGAUCUUCCACUACCCCUUCCUCCUUAGAAACCUCCGUCUUGCCAAGACAAGUUACCAAGGAAACAGUUAAUCCUCGUUCGUCGUCUUUCAACUACCGCUACCAUGUGAAUGCGCAAGACACCGGCGACGAGAAGAGCCACCAGGAAAUCUUUGAGAAUGGCGCAGUGGUGGGAUCGUACUCGGUGGUGCAGCCAGACGGCAUUCUACGCAUCGUCACUUACCGCGCCGACAAGCACUCAGGCUUCCAAGCCAAAGUUGAGUUUCAAAAGGGCUAUGGUAACCCACUGCAGCAACAGCAAUCGAGGCCUGUCACGAGCUCAGCACCACCUCUUGCAGAUUCCGUUCAGAGCUUUACUCCAGUCACCGUGUCAACUCCCAGAAUUCAUAGAGUUGGUUCCAGGUUUGUAAAUCCUGGCACCAACCAUGCCAGCCCAUCCUCCGCAUUCAGAGUCUUUCACGGUGUAGGUUCUGGCCACGUGCGAGAUCGUCCUGCCUUCACUUCUCAUUUCACUGUGGGAUCCAACAGGUUCAGAGACACCGCCACCUUGCAGGCUCAGGGCUUGGUCCCUCCGGCUUUUGUCCCUCAGAUCUCCAGGCCAUUCAGUGGAGCACCAGGGGACAAACGAACUGAAAUCUUCACAAGAUUCUCUGGCUCCAACGCUCAGCAAGCCCCCGCAGUCCGCAGUGGGACCUCUGACUACCAACGACAGCAGCACUCCACCUUUCGUAGUGGAACCUCUGCCAAGCAGCGCCAGCGGGACUUCAUCCUCCGCAGCAGAACAUCUAGCUCUCAGGGCCAGAAAAGUGCCACCGUCCAUAGUGAAACAUCUGGCUCUCAGGCUCAAAAAAUCUCCAGCAUCCCCCGUGAAAACCCUGUACCUCAUGCUCAGAAAAGCUCCACUGUCCGUAGUGAAACCUCUGCCUCUCAGGCUCUAAAAAGCUCCACCGUUCGCAUUGGAGCCUCUGGCUCUCAGGCUCUAAAAAGCUCCACUAUCCGUAGUGAAGCCUCUGGUUCUCAGGCUCAAAAAAGCUCCACCGUCCGCAGUGGAACCUCUGGCUUUCAGGUUCAAAAAACCUCCACUGACCGCAGUGGAACCUCUGGCUCUCAGGCUCUAAAAAGCUCCACCGUCCGUAGUGGAACCUCUGGCUCACAGGCUCUAAAAAGCUCCACCGUCCGUAGUGGAACCUCUGGAUCUCAGGCUCUAAAAAGCUCCAUUAUCCACAGUGGAACCUCUGGCUCUCAGGCUCAGAAAAGCUCCAUCAUCCGCAGUGGAACCUCUGGCUCUCAGGCUCAAAAAAGCUCCACCGCCCGCAGUGGAACCUCUGGCUCUCAGGCUCAAAAAAGCUCCAUCAUCCGCAGUGGAACCUCUGGCUCUCAGGCUCUAAAAAGCUCCACCGUCCGCAGUGGAACUUCUGGUUCUCAGACUCAAAAAAGCUCCAUUGUCGGCAAUGAAAACCCUAUACCUCGGGGCUCAAAAAGCUCCACCGUCCGCAGUGGAGCCUCUGGUUCUCAGGCUCAAAAAAGCUCCACCGUCCGCAGUGGCACCUCUGGUUCUCAGGCUCAAAAAAGCUCCACCGUCCGCAGUGAAGGCUCUGGCUCUCAGGCUCAUAAAAGCUCCAUCGUCAGUAGUGGAACCUCUGUCUCUCAGACUCAAAAAAGCUCCAACACCCGCAGUGGAGUCUCUGGCUCCCAGGCUCAGAAAAGUUCUAUCACUCGAGGUGAAAUCUCUGGUUUUCAGUCUCAGGAAAGCUCCAUAACUCGAGGUAUAGUCUCUGGCUCUCAGUCUCAGGAAAGCUUUAUAACUCGAGGUGAAAUUUCUGGCUCUCAGUCUCAGGAAAGCUCUAUCACUCGAGGUGAAAUCUCUGGCUCCCAAGCUCAGAAAAGCUCUAUCGCUCGAGGUGAAAUCUCUGGCUCUCAGCCUCAGAAAAGCUCCACGGUCCACAGUGAAAUCUUUGGCUUUCAAGAUGAAAAAAACUCCACUAUCCACAGUGGAGCCUCUGGCUCUCAGGCUCAGAAAAACCCCACCGUUGGCAGUCGAGCCUCUCACUCUGAGGGUCAACAAAAUUCUGCUCUCCAUAGCGGAAUCUCUGGCUCUGAAGCUCAGCAAAACUCUAAACUCCACAGUGGAACUUCUCGUCCUGAAGGUCAGCAAGGCUUGAAACAUGGUGGUAAAACCUCUGUCUCUCAGACUCGGAUGGACUUCACCUUAAAUAGCAGUGCCCCAAAGAUUCAGGAUAUUUCCACUAUAUUGGAUACUCCUUUUAUCACUGGAUCAUCAGGCUCAUCUGCCUCUCUCUGGUCAAGUACUAAGAAUUCUGGAGCCUUUAACAGUAAGUCUCAUCGGUCUCCUCCCGCUAGCCAAGGAGCACCUUCAUCUCCAAAGUUUUCCCUUCAGACAAAUAGUACCGCCGUGUACCGUAGCUCGAGCAGUAUUGAUGAGCAACGCCGUUCCUCGAGGCCUCUUAAUUCUAAGUCACCUACAAGGAGUGCCCAAUUAUCAGGGUUCAGCAGCCAUCCUGCUGAUGAGCCUCAAGAAAUUGGAUCCUUGGGACCGGGCUUUAGUCAAACGUCCUCUAACGGCCAUCACGGCUCCUCUUCACCCAGUGACCACACCCAAGGAUCAUCUCGCUCCGGCCAAAGUCAAAGAGAGCUUUCCUUCAAAAAUGAUACUUCUCCUUCGUCUUCUUCCUUGGCUACCUCGUCCUCCUCUGCCUCCUCAUCUGCAGAUGAAAAAUCUUCGGUGCUACAUAUGUCCACUGCAGCACGCUCUUUUCCUGCAGCACUCACCGAUGACCUCAUCUCCGGUUCUCUCUUCAUCACCAACGAAAACUUAGACAGUAUUGACGCCGUAGAGUUGGCAAGGCAAGGCUUCGACGGCCAGACUUUCGUUUACAGACUUGUUGCUGUUCCCGUCAGGCAGUAG